UAUUUAUAGCCUGGUCUCUGCGGGUGGGGGCGUCGGGCACCAAACCGUUCCCCCACCCAUGCACACAAAAAUCCUCAAAACCUAGAGGCUCCAAUCCUGACUUCUCUUGCUGAGCCGACCUCCCCUCAGCCCCAACAAACCUAAAUGUUCCUCAGGAGACUCCUCCGCGAUCCAGACUGGGACCAUCCCAAUUCUUCCUUGAGCAGAGCCCCAUUUUCCGCGUUUGAUGUGUUUAUGCGCGCCUGUACGCCCGAUCUGACCUGCUACCCACAGGACAUGGCACAUUGUGCAGAGAGGUGGAGAGAGGCGAUUGGAAUCCACAGCCGGAGUCCAUACUGCACAGAGAGAAGCAAGAGAUCUGGUUGCCUCCUUGUAGUUUACAUGUGAGGGGGAGCUGGAGCCAGACAGCGGUACAUCCUCACUCCACCUCCUCCUAAACGGAACACACAGCACAGAUAAACUUGAACCUCAGUUCCCUGGUACAGACCUCAGAUAAGUGUGAGGAGAGUGGAUGAAUAUACGGGGUCAUUUUUAGGUACACUAGGGGGCAUUCCCAGAUGCCUUCCUCCCCACAUUCUUGGAGGGGGAGAGGGAAAGAGAAAAGGGGAAGAGAGAAGAGCGACCCUUGUAACACAUCCUUUCUCACUGCAUCUCUUUACAAUCAAUCUUUCUUAGACUGUCAUUAUUUUUCCAUCUUGCCUGAAGGUCUCUGUCCAAUGGCUCCUGAUGUCUUCUCUCUGCCUAUCUGUCACAAUUGUAACCCGUCUCUCUCUGCUGUCUCUGCCUCUCCUUGCCACCUGCCCUGUCUCCAUGGUUACCGUAGCUUCCAUCUGCAUAUUUUAGGAAUGAGUUUGUGUCCAGCUGGAAGGCAUCAGGGAAGUGGAAGAUGAGGGGAAAAAAAUCCCAAGGACUUGGAAAACUCACCUGAGAUCAUUCAUACUGGCGGCCACCAGACACAAGAUACUAAAAAUAAUGUUCCUGGAGAAGGAGGAAGAGAAAUAUUGCUGGGAAGCUACCCAUUUUUAUUAGCCACCAUUUAUGGGACGCCAACUAUGUGCCAGCUUUCUCAACAGUGUCCCUCGGUGAGUUCUAAGCGUGAACUCUCGCUAGCCAGGAGCUCCGCCAUCUGAGAUGAGGUCGGAAAUAAUCAAGCCCUGGUUGAUUCUGCAACCCUCUCUCCGCGCCACGGCGGGCUUCCCAAGCCUGGGUUCUGGCUGACUCUCCCCCUCCUUCCUUCUCCUCGGCUUCAAGUGGGCGGAUCUCCCUCCUGGUCUUCUCCUAGAUUGGCCGGGAGAAUUGACCAAUGGGAAGCCCUGGGAGGCGGAGCUAGGGCGCCAGAAGCUAGAGGAAGACCUGCAAAUUUCAAGUUGGCUGCGACGUGGGCUCCGCGUGGGGGAGGGGCAGCAGAGUUAUACUGCUCUCCGCCUUUCCAAAGCCGAAUUGGACAAAAUUCCCUAUAUAUAGUCCACCCUUAAGGAGUGGGAAGUUCUACUCCCCCUCUUCAGGGUGGAAUCUACAUAAUUUAUUUGGAAUUCUACACAAGAGGUUUUUCUCACUGGAUCUCUGAAUACCCAGGCCCCCUCCACCAUGGCCAGUCGGGGUGGGGGCCGGGGUCGUGGCCGGGGCCAGCUGACCUUCAACAUGGAGGCUGUGGGCAUUGGGAAGGGGGAUGCUCUUCCCCCACCCACCCUGCAGCCUUCUCCACUCUUCCCUCCCUUGGAGUUCCGUCCAGUGCCUCUGCCCUCAGGAGAGGAAGGGGAGUAUGUUCUGGCACUGAAGCAGGAGCUACGAGGGGCCAUGAGGCAGCUCCCCUACUUCAUCCGGCCAGCUGUCCCCAAGAGAGAUGUGGAGCGUUACUCAGACAAAUAUCAGAUGUCAGGGCCGAUUGACAAUGCCAUCGAUUGGAACCCUGAUUGGCGACGUUUACCCCGUGAGUUAAAGAUCCGAGUGCGGAAGCUACAAAAGGAACGGACCACCAUCCUAAUCCCCAAGAGGCCCCCCAAGAACACAGAAGAUAAGGAAGAAACAAUACAGAAACUGGAGACCCUGGAGAAGAAGGAGGAGGAAGUGACUUCAGAGGAAGAUGAAGAGAAAGAAGAAGAAGAAGAGAAGGAAGAGGAAGAAGAAGAGGAGUACGACGAAGAAGAACAUGAAGAGGAAACUGAUUACAUCAUGUCAUAUUUUGACAAUGGAGAGGACUUUGGGGGUGACAGUGAUGACAAUAUGGAUGAGGCUAUAUACUGAAGAAGGACCCUGAACAAUAUCUCACACCUUCACAUCGUUCUUGAUUGAAGAUACAGAAGUAACUGUCGCUAUUACUUGGUUUUGUGGACAAGCGAAUCAUUUGCUUAGAGUCCAGAUAAACUGGCCCUGGAGAUAGGAAUGGAGAAUGAUGACAGAUGGUUCUCUUUUCCACCCUUCCCCUCCUUCUACCCUUGUGUCACCUCUGAUAGCUUGGGGGGAAAGGGCAAAGGACCAAUGUCUUAAUUGUACGAAAGAAGGAAGGGUCAAAGAAGAACUGGGCUUUUAGAGCUGAGACAGCUGUACACGUGCCACUCCCCGCACUUUUUUGUAGUGGAAGAUAAUUGGGGGUGUAUGCAGUUAGGAGGAGUAAGGCCAGUUUUAUAUUUUUAAAUAAAAUGUUUUUAGCUGUC